UCGCGCCGAGCCGAGCCGAAACCUUCGACGGCACCGUCAGUAGGCCUGCCGCAACGCAGCAGUGAGCGCGCCUUCUACCUUGAGCAGGGGCUCGCGUUUCCCGGCGGACCGUUUCGAUCGGUUGGGGAAACGCCGACUGUCGAACCGAUUGCCGUUCUUCCGCAGGUACGAGAUCCGGGACGCCGAUCUCGGAGAUCGAUUCGCGUGCGACAGGUGAAAGUGUGACCGUUCACGAGGUGGACGGACGACCGCCCUCGCGCGGUGGUCCGUGUUCUCCUCUCUCCUCCCAGAGAAAACUCGACAAUUCGCCAGCGUCGGCCACUGACCCGGGGAUUGCGAUCUGGCAUCACUGAAUCAUCGAGGACGGGGGAGCAUUCUCCCCCCUCCCGAGAAGAGACAGAACGUAUUUUCGCGCGACAAGAUAGAUAGACAGGAUAUAACACCUGGGAGAAACGAAUCCUCUUCCUUCCAGGUGAUCGACAAUUUUCCCGUCAGUACCUGAAACCGCGUUUCGAACAUCGACUUGAUAGAACUCCGUCGGUCGUGCACUGGAGAUGCCAACGCUCCGGCGUUUGCCGCCUGAACGCCCUUAUCUUCUCGCGGCGACUACGUUCACGCUGUAAUUACUAUUGAGAGCGGCGGGGCCGCUAUAUAUGAAUUUUGCGGGGGACGAAGGAUGCACGAGGGCGGUAAUCCCGAUAUAUCAAGGUGCAAACGGGUAAAAAUGUUUUUCGUGCGCGGGGCACGGCGGCGCGUUAACUGCGCCCGUUAACGCUCCAAGUGGCCGGCGCGAUCGACAUCCCACGUACGGACGAGCGGAGUCAUCGAGUCAGCCUAUCGAUUUUUCCGCGUCUCCCACGUUCUCGAAAACAUCAUUACGUCAUUACGCCGCCGAGCAAUGACGGAGGAGAGAGAGAGAGAGAGAGAGAGAGAGAGAGAGAGAGAGAGAGAGAGAGACGUGGGACGGCUCGUACGUUUCGCGCGCGCGUGUGAGACCUAGUGGUGUAUGAAGUGAACGCUAAUAGACUGUGCAAGGAUGUACAAUUACCCGAUCGAGUAACCCCGUUAGACGACGACGACGACGACGACGACGACGACGACGACGACGACUGGAGCUUGCGUGCAUAAAUAACGCGCGUAAUCGCGCGCGGAGCCCUUAAGAAGCCGCCGCGACUUACUUGUAAUCCGCAGUUCUACGCCGAGAAUCCAGCAGUGGCGAAGUGCCUCUCGCGCGCCUCUCCGUCAACUGCACUUAAAGCCUCCUCUUAAAGCGCAGGUCGGGAGCCCCUGGCUGGCCGUCACUCUCGCUCGUUACUCGUUGUGUAUAUCGGACGUUUUAACGGAGAACGGGGGAAGGGCGGGGGAGGGUCGCCGCCGGUGAAAAUCGGCCGCGGAGGGACCGGCUCGCGCGCCUCCGGGGGUUCAGGAUCGAUGCGCGACGAAUCCCCCGUCUUCCGCGUCUCAUGACGAGAUGCGCCCGUUAGGACCGAGAUUCCGGAUGACCUGACGGAUCAUCGACAGGGAGAACGCUCGUCUCAUUGAAAGUUAUCAGCCGCGUCGGCUCCCGCUUAAGCACGGGAUUUAAGGACGGUGUAUCCACCACUACGAGGCGGAGGCGGAAGAGAAGGAGGAGGAGGAGGAGGCAGUAAGGAUUCAUCUCUCUUACAAUGGAGAGGACGCUUUUGCUGAUGAGCUUGCUGGCUCGGCUCGUCGUGGCGGAAGUUCUGCUCGGCGAUGUUGACGAGCCACUGCCUAUAUCAGACGUUAGCGCAGUGGCCGGUUUCAAAGCUCAGAUACCUUGCGACAUCGAUCCACCGGUUAAAGACGAGACGGUCAUCAUGGUAUUUUGGUACAAAGAUGAAAAGGACGGCGAACCGAUAUACAGCAUGGAUGCUCGGGGGAGGCAGAUAGCACAGGCAAGGCUUUGGUCGGAUCCGUACGUGUUCGCUGAAAGGGCGGUUAUGAAGACGGACGUAAAGCCCGCCGAGCUGGAGAUAGAUCCUUUGGAGUCUACGGACGGUGGUGUAUACAGAUGCAGAGUGGAUUUUAAGAAUAGUCCCACGAAGAAUCAGAAGAUUAAUCUUACGGUCAUAGUGCCGCCGAAAAAGCCGUUGAUAUAUACCGGCGCUAGCAGAAGCCUGGCUAAAAUACUGCAACCGUUUAACGAGGGAAGUGAGAUGUCCCUGUUGUGCGAGGUGAUCGGUGGUUCACCUCCGCCGAGAGUUACAUGGUAUUUCAACGACAAAGUCCUGGACGAUACGUAUACGCAGGAGCACAAUGAUAUAACGAUAAAUCGUCUGGAUAUCCCGAGAGUCACCAGGGACUUUCUGAGGACGAGGCUAAUUUGCAAGGCGAGCAACACUCAGCUUAUGACGCCGCUGACCUCCGAGGUCAUUUUGGAUGUGAACCUGAAGCCGCUCGUGGUCAACAUUACGAAUAAGAGAUUUCAUUUGUCGGCAUUAAGAACUUACGAGAUCGAGUGUGUCAGUUCGGGUUCGAGACCGGAGGCGGUGAUCACCUGGUGGAAAGGGACGCAUCAAGUCAAGCACAUGGCUAGAAAUUUCGCAGACAGUCCGAACGUCACGAGAAGUGUGCUGAGCUACGUGCCGACCAUCGAGGACGAUGGGAAAUUUCUGACGUGCAGAGCGGAAAAUCCCGCGGUGCCUAACAGUGCCUUGGAGGACAAAUGGCAUUUACUGGUGUAUUACACACCGGUGGUGAGUAUUAAGUUGGGUUCCAGUUUGAAGGCGAACGAUAUAAACGAGGGCGACGACGUCUACUUUGAGUGCGACGUACGAGCCAAUCCAAAGUCUUACAAGCUACUUUGGUUCAAAGACGGCAAGGAAUUGCAUCAGAACGCCACCGCGGGGAUUAUUCUUCCCGGUGGGCAAUCCCUGGUAUUGCAGAGCGUGACGAAAAGCUCCGCCGGGGAAUAUUCCUGCAUGGCAGCCAAUGUCGAAGGAAAAUCCAUGAGCCGACCGGUAACCCUAGAAGUGAUGUACGCACCGAUCUGCAAGGACGGCUCUUCCACCCAAGUGGUCGGCGCCUUGAAGCACGAAACGAUCUCGCUGGUCUGCGGCGUACAGUCGAAACCGCCGCCCACGACCUUCCACUGGACGUUCAACAACUCCGGGGAGUUGAUGAGCGUACCGGCCACGAGGUACGCGCAGGUCAAACCGCUUAGCCUGAUCACGACUCACUGGCACGGUUCCAGACUGAAUUACACACCGGAGAACGACAUGGACUACGGUACUGUCGCCUGCUGGGCGAGAAAUCGGAUAGGGGUGCAGAGGACGCCCUGUCUCUUUCAGAUCAUCGUCGCCGGGAAACCCUAUCCCCUGCAGAACUGCACGGCCCUCCAGUCGACCGGACCCUACGCAUACCGAAUGGGUCACGAAGACUUUAAAGCCACCGACUCGAGGGACGCGGACUGGCUGAUCGUCAGGUGCUCCGAGGGAUUCGACGGUGGUUUGCCCUUGACUAAUUACGAGCUAGAGGUCUACAGCGAGGAGAACGUUUAUCAUGUCAAUACCAUCUACCUGAACCACACCGAUAGAUCCGGCUCAUCCGGUCCAGUUUUCGAAGUCCCCGGCUUAGAGCCCGGACGGAAUUACAGGCUUCAUCUUUAUGCCGUCAACGCGAAGGGUCGGAGCGACCCCGUUGUUCUCGAGCCGGUCACGCUCAAAGGAGUAGCUAUGUACACCACCGGUAGGAGAGCGAGAACGAGAGAUGAAGGAACACGCGUGGCGAGCGAGCGGAUGGCGGAGGCCACCACCACUACUACCACCCUGGGGAUGGGAGACGGUUCUGCGGGGGAAUGGUAGCGAUGCAGGUGCGGGAAGUGGAGAGGCACGCAAGAGAGGUGGCGAACGAACACGUGUGCGCGACACGUUGCCCCGUGUGGUACUCACCACCAUCCACAUUUCACCCCCGGUCCCUCUCAUGCAUUCAUUAUUUUCUCGUCGACGCAGACGACGACGACGACGACAACGGUGGCAGUGACGACGACGACAGCGACGGUGACGACGACGACGACGAGAACCGUGUCUGCUAUCUGCGUACGGAUCCCUUUUCCCCUCGUUCCAUCUGCUUCCCUCCCUCUUCUUCGCGCUCUUCUCUACGUCGCUUCUAAAUUAUUUUAAACCGUUGUUCCGCUGCAAUAUGACGACCACCAAGUCUGGGAAAAAAAUGUGCGCGCAGAUGUCACCGCUCUUUUGUAUGUACCGCUGUCGAAAGCACGGCGCAGAUAUAUAUUCACUUGAAGAAUCGCCGUGAGAGAAAGAGACGCACGACGACCUUUGGCAAGAAUUGGUGGCGUUUCCGGCAGCGAGUGUUUUGACAUUUGAUAAAAAAAAAAAACCAGGAGCAAAAAAGAGUUGACAGGUGACAUUUUGUGAAAGCGACAUUUAAUGACGCUGUGCCCCCUUUUUUGUCGAAAAAAAAAAAGAGCUCGCUCGGUUGGUACACGAUCAAAUUAUCACCCUGAGUCAUAAAUGAUUUUAGCACCUUUUAAGACCAUCUUUUCUGAAGUAACAGAAUUGUCUGUUACUUUUCUCGGAAAAGAACAUUUACGUCAGUUAUUCUAAAAUUUAGCGAUAAAAAUAAUUAAGUAGCCACCAUUUAAUAAAGUUAAUUAAUCAAUUGUGUGAAAAUGAGAAUCGAUUUCUAAAAAUAAUUAAAAAAAAACCAGUUUCGUUAAAGCAUCCAUUUAGCUAUAUACAGAUCUAUUAAUACAUAACGCUUUAUUGCGCAGAGGUGAGGAAUGCACGGCUCGCAAGUAAUAAUUAUCUACUAGCCCGCUCGCAUUGUUGCUUACCCGUCCAGCUGGAGAGAAUUACAAGAGCGGUGAAAAGACGCAAAAGAACUACCCGGAACGAAGGCAUAAUCGUCUAACACGUGCAAAACCCUGUGCGCGCGCGGAAGAGAUAAAAUUGAAUUUCAAAGAACAUAACGCACACGGUACACACACAGACGGUAACCCACGUUCGCGGCUUUUACGUCGCUUUUUAUGUAUCGCGGAAACUUUCACCCGCGUGCUUUUCUUUCCGGGCGACCAGCGAGCGAAGAAGCCGUCCCCGCGAGCGUGUUUAAUUCUCCCGCGUGUACUGCCGCUACUAUACAAUGUCUCGCGACCGCUACUAACUGUCAACAUCAAAGGACCUUAAUUACGGUUUAAAAAAAAUCUAAUGCGCUCGCUCGCGACGCUGUCGCAAUAAGGUCUCGCGCGGAUGGACGUGGAGUAGCCCGCGGGGUAGCGCAGCGGCCGUAAGGAAGCCCCACGUGGACGGAGAACGGUGGUAGACGUACGCGGACGCGCGCUCCCGACUCCAGAUAAGACCAUAGUUCUUCCGAGUUGAACCGUCGUAAGCGCGGAACUAAAAGUUCCUCCUGAUAUCAGUCGCUUCGCUACGCUACGCGGAAAGUAAGAUACGUUGCUGCCUCUCACUUCGUUUCCCCCUUUCCUCCCCUUUCGCCCUUCCGACUUCCUGUCUCCCGACUCCUCUCUCUUCUCCAACCCUUAGCAGUUACUGAUCUCUUUCCAGACCCGGUUUCAAUCUCCCCCCUCCCCCCGCCACCCUCCUGCCGGCCGCGUCCCGUUUCUCUCCCGGUAACUUCAGAACGCCCGGAGAGUUCGGUAUAAGUUAUUUUAUUAAAUCCACGCCCCCGGGAACGGGUGGUAUCGAGAUCUUUUGGAAAGGUCGGCCGUAGAGAGAAAACUAGGCGUAAUGAAACGGUGUCUACGACGAGAGAAGCGUGACGCCGUGCGCGGACAGCGAGGGGAAAAAAGAUCAGAACCCGAUCCUUUCCAUGCUCCGCGCCGGACCGGACCGAAAUAACGAGGACCUACCUGUAGGCGGUCUAGCUCGUUCAUUCUCGAUACCGAGAAAUGGAUAUCGCCGUGGAAUCGGCAGGUAUCCCUGGGCUAAAAUUAAAGUUUCGUUCGGCCCGCGGAGGGUCGAAACUCGUAGAAAGUCUCAGUAGAAAGGGUUCCACGGUAAUUAGCCGCGCCUAAAGGGCUUGGGUCAAGGUCGCCUCGCACGCAUCCGGGUGUCCGCGUAGAAAGAGAGAGAGAGAGAGAGAUAGAGAGAGCCAGAGAGGAAGCGCGUCACUGACGGUCAGCCUCGAGAGAAAAAAAAUGUGUAGGCGAUAAUAAAAAUAUAAAGGUAUAAUACGGGAAAGUCGCUAUUUACAGAGACCGAGCGCGCAAUUCCUGAAGCGUUCGUGACGCGAGCGUAUCCGAUAACGCGCGGAAAAAAAUUAAGCCCUACAGUGCAUUAUUGCCAGUGAGAUUGCACCGUCGGUGUGCGGUCUGAGACGAAGAAAAAUACUCCCCGACCAAUAUCAAGCUCGUCCGCGCGAAUACAAGGGGGAAAACCUCGUCGUUGCAUCAUAUGUGCAGUAACGUGUGUCACGAUCAUAAUGGUCCGCGGUGAAUUCAGCGUCUUCCAACCGGAAAUCGCUUCUCCGUAUCCGCGAACAUUCAGUUACGAAAGCCGGGAUUUUGCGCCAGCCGGCUAUAACGGUUCGGAAUAAACAGACCGAGCUAUGUGCACGGUCUCGACGUAUAGAUCGUAAUAUCGGGCUAAGAUUAAAAA